AUGACACUGAUGACAACUGGCCAAGCUGCCCAGACCGGUUUUAACAAUGCCUUGACCCUCGGCCGUGCAGCGCGUGUGGAUCACCACGUCGCGACCGACCACCGCAGCUCCCAACCUGAACGAGUACGACUAGCUCACCUGGCUCGAACACCAGUGGUCCUACACGGCCUCCCCCUUUCCUGA